CAGCCAGCGUCUACCGGACAAUGCUACCACACCACCGUCUUUUGACAAGGCAGGUAUCAAUCGAUGCUUAGUUCCUAUGUGUCCCAUCACAUCUUGGUCCCGGCGUUCCGUCAGACCCAAGUAUCCCUGACUCUUAUCUACCUCCAGCAUGCAAUUCACCGGUAUCUUUCCUUCCUACUACACACCUCAACACGAGUGCGACGAAAUCCCCUACUAGCCUUCCUUCAUGGCUCCUAAUAAGCAGUUCUCAUGGACGCAGUUCUUUCCGCCCAAGGCACAGUACACCGACCAGGACAUACCCAGUAGCCUGGAGGGAAAGGUCUAUGUUGUCACGGGCUGCAACAGCGGAAUGGGCAAGGAGCUCGCGAGAGUCCUGUACGCCAAAGGUGCCAAGGUCUACGCGGCUUGCCGUUCGCAGGAGAAGGGGAGCCGAGCCGUCGCCGACAUCAAGAAAGCCGAGCCUCGAUCCAAGGGCGAGCUGAUCAGCCUGGAGCUGGACCUUGCCGACCUGGCAAACGUGCAAGCCGGGGCCAAGGCAUUCCUGGAUCGCGAGCCCAAGCUGCACACACUCUUCAACAACGCCGGAGUCAUGGUGGGUCCCAACACCUCCCCCCUGAAGACGGCACAGGGCCACGAGCUCGCCCUCGGGGUCAACUGCGUCGGAACUUUCCUCCUCACCAGGCUGCUUACCCCUGCCUUGAUCGCCGCCGCUAAAGACGCACCCGGAAAUAGCGUCCGUGUCAUCUGGCUAUCCUCGUUCGGGCUAGAGCAGUUUGCCCCGGAAGGCCGGGGCAUCGAUAUGGACAACCUCGACUAUCACCAACCGAAGCCUGGCAUUGAGCGCUACGGGAUCAGCAAGGCCGCCACCUGGCUUCUGGCCGCCGAGUAUGCCCGACGCCAUGAGCCCGACGGCAUCGUGAGCGUUGCCGUCAACCCAGGCAACCUCCACACGGAGCUGGCCAGGGAUCAGGGCAUCGCACUCAAGCUCAUCGCCGCCGCAGUUGUCUAUCCCGCCAUAAACGGCGUCUAUACCCAGCUGUAUGCAGGUUUCUCCCCCGAUGUCACCAACGACAAGCACGACUGGAGCAAGAAUUGGAUCAUCCCAUUUGGACGGGUCGCGCCGAUUCGCCCGGACCUGACCAAGGCAACCAUUUCAGCGGAGCAGGGAGGGAAUGGAAACGCGCAGGAGUUCUGGGAGUGGAGCGAGCAACAAGUCAAAGGAUACCUGUAGUCACAGUCCACGAGCGUCAGAUGGUAUAACCAUGUCAUGCGUACACCGGGACGGAAAAUACACGUU